UGUCAACCAACUAUGACAUUAGCACCGAGUGCGUUGGGUUUUGAACGCAGCGUCGCAGCCAAUAGUUUCGUGAUUUAAUUCUUUUGAUAUUAACAGCGUCUUUAAAAAUUCUUACAACUAAGAAUUGGAAACUCGAAAAGCAAUAAAUUCAUUAAGACGUGUAACACCUGCUUACGUAAGCACAGCGAACAAAAAAUGAAGUCGGUUGUGAUUUUCGGUUCCACUGGCAUGACUGGUCUGUGUGCUUUGGAAGCAGCAGUGAAAAAAGGCUUGUCAGUACGGGCAUUCGUCAGAGACCCAGCCAAAGUGCCCGAGAGUCUCAGGGACAAGGUGGAAGUAAUCGAAGGCAAUGUGUUAGAGCCGGAUUCGGUCGCUGAAGCGGUGGAGGGCGUCGACGGCGUGGUAGUCGCCCUCGGCACUCGGAACAACCUGGACCCCACCUCUGACAUGUCUGAGGGCACUAAGAACAUCAUCGAUGCGAUGCGAGCGAACAAUGUGAAGAAGAUCUCGGUGUGCUUGUCUGCCUUCCUGUUUUAUGAUGACGAUAAAGUGCCGCCGCGGUUUGCGGCCUUAAAUGAGGACCAUAAGCGAAUGUAUCAGGUGUUGAAGGACAGCUCCCUGGACUACGUCGCUGUGUUCCCACCGCACAUUGCUGAGGAGCCCAGCAGGGAGAUCGUUGUACAAGUGAACCCCAAAACUUCACCAGGCCGCUCCAUCUCCAAAUGGGACCUCGGAUCAUUCCUGGUAGAUUCCCUCAGCGAAUCCAAGUACUACAAGUCUGUCAUUGGCAUCGCCAACCCACCAAAGCAAUAAUACAACUUAAUUACUGUUUAAGGGUUAUAGGAUAAAAUUAACGGGGAAACCCUUAGUAAUAAACAAGGAGUAAGCUAAGAGUAGUUACGCCGUGUUCUGUUAAUGUCACUUAAACGCCAUUUAUCAUUGAACAGAGACAAAUCAUGGAGUAGCUAAUCCAAGCUUAUACUUCGUUUAUUAAUAAGGAGGUUCAAGUUUAUAUUCAUUGCCAUGUUUAAAAACGCACAUUUGUAAUCGGUGACUGAAUGAAUACCUCGUAUAUUAAGAAUAUAUAAGGUUGUUUAAUUAUUAGGUUGUGCAGUUAACUAUAGUUAUUGUUGUUGAAUAAAAAUAAAAUUCGUUUUAUACAAGUUACUUUGUUUUUUUUAUUCACAUGGUAAACACAUUUGUUACUUUAUAAAUUGCUUCUCAACUCCAGUCCAGCAGAGAGAUCUUAUGUUUGCAAGGCAAAUGUUUUUAAAAGGUGUAAUGUGGUUAUUUUCACUUGAGAUUUGCGAUAUAGGCGAUGGGAUGAACGACUCCCUGCUUACUUUACGUAAGGCUGGAGACGCCAGACUACUGGGAUAGACAUCUGAGAAUAUAUCUGUAUCCGAGAUCGUUUCAGGACUCCAAGGAUACUUCACUUUGAUGAUGCGCGAAUCAGAGUUCUGCAAACCUGGACUAUGGAAGGAUUGUAUCGUCCAAGAGCUGAAAGUGUCUGAACUUGGAUUUCUCUUAGGUGAAGGCGUGACGUUGUCGCUGGAUUUUAUGGAAUAAAGAUUCAGCAGCGUGAUGCUAGUCUUAGUAUCAGUGUAAAUAUCAGGACUGGGUAUUCCAUACGUGGUUGAGGAGUUGGGUUGAAUGCUCGAUGCGUACAAUGAGUCUAAGCUGCCUGUGUAUGAGGAGAAUGUAGAAGAUUCUUCACUGUCUUCAACAGGGAGGUUUUCGUCGAUACGUUCGCUCCAAGAUUCCGUACUCCAGGGCGUGGUGAUCAUACUCAGGGUGUCGUCAUUGUGCGAUGAAUUAUACGAGAAAGCUCCUUUUACUGUUGUCGUGCUUUGAGUUUUACUACAGGUCGAGUUGAUGACGAUACUUUUCGAUCUCUCAUCGCUUUGUGCACACGAUUGCGUUUGCUUAGGAUUGGAAGUCAUAGUGGAGGACACGCAUGAUCAAGCUGUAUGGAUCUUCGACAUCAAAGCGAUAGGAUAACAGUCAGCAGCAAUUUGUAUUAACCACCUGUACUCUUGCAUGGAAGUCACGAAGGUCUCC